ACCUGAUAGUCUAAUGCGAUACAGCACAUCCUGCAAAAUGAGCCGUCACCUCUGGGACACGGUCUGAACACAAGCUUCAGGAAGGAGGACUUACUGCAGAGCUGCUGGAUCAGACGGGCUUAGUUUGAGACAGGUGUUCCUAAUCAACUGACUACUGGGCGUUGGAACUCACAAUGACAGUUUAAAGCAGCAUGCAGCAGAACCACAGAUAACAUCGACUUCUAUCUUGUCAAAACCUGGUGCCUACAUUACCCACAAUGCAUCUCAACCAUUGAGAGUUCAGCUGGAGAUUCAGAUCUGAUUGACGCUGAUCAUAUGACAUCGCUUCAGGACAUUUACCAGACUUCACACACUCCUCUGGAGACACAAAAGGCCUUAAACAACUUUUUCAUGUUCUGCAGAACAAGUGGAAACCCACUUUGGAGCUGAUGUGACUGCUGAGAAGCAGCCAGCAUGACCUCCGCACACCCAUCCCUCUGUCGUCCUUCGGCAUCUGUGUCCAAUGGGGCAUCACCCAUAGAGGAAGAGGAGGGUGAAUGUGAACAAGGGGAGAGGUUUGAGUUUGACGACAGCGAUGAUGUGGGACCUCCAGAGAUGAGCUCUGGCUCUGUCAUGAGGACUGACUGGAGCACACACACAACAGAAUCCCACACAGACCAAGAGACGACAAGACCAGGACUGAAUGGAGCAGCCAGCGUGGGACAGAAGGGCCACAGCCCCUCGCUGAACCAGCUGCGCUCCUCAGAUAUGGAGGUCAGGGAGUCACCAGAGGGAUGUUCCACCUCCUCUGACAUGGGAGUGACUAGAGAGUGUGAGCGUUUCUGGAAGGCGAGCAGUGUUUAUGAAGGACAGUCUUCCCUACUGCCAGAAGGUGGUCCGGAUGAGUCCGGCAACGCAGUAAACAGGAGCAGUCUGCACUGGGGCACUACUGAAGACCAGGCGCCCUCUUCAGUCAGUCUGCAGCCCGAGCGGCAUGCAGCUGGUGCAGACGGACCAACCAACCAGGGUGCAGUGAUCUGCAGCACAGACGCUGUGGCCAGAGACCCAGAAGUGAUCUAUGAUGUUGUGCCUGAUGAGAACCUUCAGCACCCGAUGGAAGAUGUGGACAACAUCUACGAGGACAUCCAGAGACCUGGUCACCAAGGCUCCAACGGCUGGAGCUCCAGUGAGUUUGAGAGUUACGACGAUCUGUCUGACAGUGAGGCUGUUCCUCCGGCCCGCAGCAGCAGGCUGCCUGCAGAUGUCCGGAGGCUGAAGGAGCUGGCGGUGCGUCUCAGCACACCUCAUGUUGCUCACAUCAGACAGAGUUGUGACGCCAAGGUGCAGCAGUUGAUGAAGGCAGCGAGGAAUGGCACCAAGGACGGUUUAGAAAAGACCAAGUUAGCCAUGCUGCGCAAGGUGUCGUUCCUGCAGAAGAAAGAUUCCACGGAUGAAGAUGAUGCAGGUUACAUGAACGUAUCUGUGUGCGAGCUAAAGCACCCUCCACCACAGCUCUGCCCCAUGCCAGAUGGGCUCAGCAGUCAACAGGUCAUCAGACGCCUCAUCCUCAGCUCCAUUAUGAAGAGUGAGAGCAGCUACCUGAGCUCUCUCAGGAGAAUCCUCCAGGAGUACCAGAAGCCUUUGCUGGAACCACAGAACUGCAUCCUUAGCCCCAAGAAGGUGCACCAGAUCUUUUACCGUGCACAGGAGAUCCAUCAGUGCCACUCAAUGUUCCAGAUUGCCCUGGCGUCUCGCGUGGCCGAGUGGGAUCACAGCGAGAAGAUCGGAGACUUGUUCGUAGCCUCGUUCUCCAAGUCCAUGGUGCUGAAUGUCUACAGUGACUACAUCAACAACUUCACCAGUGCGAUGGCGCUGAUCAAGAAGGCCUGCAUGUCCAAACCUGCUUUCCUGGACUUUCUGAAGAAGAAGCAGGCGUCCAGUCCAGACAGAAUCACUCUGUACGGCCUCAUGGUCAAACCUAUCCAGCGCUUUCCCCAGUUCAUUCUGCUGCUGCAGGACAUGCUGAAGAACACUCCGAGGUCCCAUGCUGACCGACUGCCCCUGCAGCUGGCUCUCACUGAGCUCGAGACCUUGGCUGAAAAACUGAAUGAGCAGAAGCGUCUGGCUGACCAGGAGGCUGAGAUCCAGCAGCUGUGCCACAGCAUCGGGGACCGCAGCUUCAACAAGCUGCUGAGCUCGGAGCAGAGGCAGCUGAUUCAGUGUGAACUGCUGAUGGAAGUAGUUUAUGGUGAUAAAGGUCAAGUUGUCAAGUCGAAGGAGCGAAAGGUCUUUCUCCUCAGCAACACCCUGAUCUGUGCCAAUGUCAACCUGAAAGGACCCCCUGACAUCAACAGCCUGGUUCCUGUUGGGCCUAAGUACACGGUGAAGUGGUGCGCCCCUCUGCUGCAGACCCAGGUGGUUGAGGUGGGACAGGACAGCAUGCAGAACACGGCGCGUGUCAGCACAGCCAGACGCCACAGCUCUGUGUCCAGCACCAGUGGUUCCUGUAAAAUGUUCCUGGGCCCCCCCAGACUGCACCAGGAGCUGGAGGAGCUGGAACACGACCUGGCUGUGGUGGAGGAGGUGUCACUGCUGGUGGGCACGCUCCAUGGAAUCUACCAGAAUCUGAACACCACAGUGGCUCAGGACUGGUGUCUGGCUCUGCAGAGACUCAUCCGUCUGAAGGAGGAGGAGAUCCAGAACGCCAACAAGUGUCACCUGCGUCUGUCUAUCCCAGGCAAACCUGACAAGUCUGGCCGUCCAGUGAGCAUCAUGGUGGUCUUCAACACUCCCAGCCCCUUCAGUAAGAUCUCCUGGGUGAACCGGCUUCACCUCGCCAAGAUAGCGCAGAGACAGGAAAACACUCCGGGGUGGGAAUGUGCUGCAGAAGAUGGGAAGACAAAAGCUCCGUUUAGUUGUCCACUGCUGACCUGCAAGCUUCCGGUUUUGUCUCCCAAAACACACACAUUGAAGCUGCAGGCAGCUCUUCACAGUCCGUUUCAGUCCAGCCUGCUCGGGUUCUGCACUGCCAGCACGUCCUUACCACAGGGUUACCUCUGGGUCGCUGGUGGAGGAGGCAGCUCCAACCACGGCCAUGUGGAGAUCUUCUCCCUGAACCGAGCCUCUCCUCGCCCGGUGAAGAGCAUCCCCCUAAAGGCCCCAGUCCUGUGCCUGGAGUAUGUGAAGCAGCCGUGUCCCAGCACUGUGAAGGAGGCGGCUGAGAAGCCCCAGAGUGCUGCCAAGAUAGGAAACAUCAUCUGUGUUGGCCUGGAGGACGGCAGCAUCCAUGUGUACAGCAGUGUGGACACGUCUGUUCAGUGCCUGCUGACCAUGGUGAACCCUGACAUCUGUCCUGUCCUGUGCCUCAAACACUCGCUGUCUUUCCUCUUUGCUGGACUGGCCAGUGGCAAAGUAGGUGUGUACCAGAGAAAGGCCGGGGAGAGACUGUGGGACGUGGACUCAUGCAGGCUUGUGCAUCUGGGCUCUGAGCCAGUCCGCAGUCUGCUCACACUAGAAGACGCUGUAUGGGCCAGCUGUGCCAACCAAGUCACUGUCAUCCAAGGAUCCAGCCUCCACGUACAGAGCUUUGAAGCCCACUCUGAUCCAGGCUUCAGUGUGAGCCACAUGGUGCGGUCAGGUGGGGGGGUGUGGAUGGCCUUCACCCGGGGCUCCUCCAUUCAGCUGUUCCACACAGAGACCUUGGAACCAUUGCAGGAAGUCAACAUCUCCACCCGCACCACCUAUCUGACCCCAGGUCAGGUAACUGUGUCCAGCUUGCUGAUCUGCCAGGGCCUGCUGUGGGUGGGGACCAGCCAGGGCAUCAUCCUCACCUUCCCUGUGCCCACCCUGGAGGGGAUCCCCAAGAUCACAGGUAAAGGGAUGACGUCUCUGAACGCUUUCUGUGGUCCGGUGGACUUCAUGCUGGCGACCUCCAGCACAUUGGCCUCUGAGCUGCUCAGACGGGACUCCAUCCUCAACGGCAUCGAGGAGGGUGCUAACAGACAAGGACAGGGGGGAGGAGGAGGAGGAGGCCCAGCUGAUGUGGUAGAUAAUGAAGGCGGGCAGAGGUGGGAUCAGUGCAACUACGCCCGGGACUCAGAAGCUCCCUUAUCGAGGGAGGAGAAACCCAAGCGCCUCCUGCUGCAGUACCGCCUCCAGUCCACCUGCCAGCUGCCUGGGAAGCUGCUGACAGCCCAGCCCGAACAGGGGAACCCGAGGGCGUCCCCAGACUCACUGGAGCACAGCCCGGAGGACGGCUCCAUCUAUGAAGUGAACGAGGACCCUGACGUGUGGGUCAGGGGGCGUCCUGUAGAGUGGGGGAAUGAGGGGGGGGCCAGGCGCAGCAAAGUGACCUCCACAGCCAUCUUCUGUGGGGGCAGAGGAUAACGCCGGACA